UUUCCACUGCUUUACGCUUGCAUGUGAAUACACCUUUACGUUUUUGUAUGUGCCAUGGACUUUAGCCAUUCAACGCGCGCAUAACCUGAAAAAUCAUCUAUCGAGAUGAAAUGAGAGUUUUUAUCCGUUUUUAUUUAUCGUUAACUCAAUUUAUUGCUGAAUUUUACGCAACGAAUAGUGAUAAUUAAAAGUAUUGUGUACUUAAGUAGUUUCGCUCAAAGAGCGCAAGUAACAAUAAAAGCGUGUUUUGUGCAGAAAAUGGUAGAUAUAAAGAGCAAUCCUCCCAUCGGAGAGAACGACUCACAUUACGAAUCGAGGAUACGAGCGAACAGUUUUGGCCGAGGUUCUGGCACAGGAACAUCAACACCAUCAUCCUCUUCCGAGUAUAUGACGGGGGGGGCGGGUGAUAGCUCCGACUAAAGUAAGAGUACCAUACCAUUCAGCUUGAAAUCAGUAGAGACCAUGCUGUCAUUAUCCAAGGAUGCUUCUGAGGAAGAUCUUCAAGAGAUGGUGCGCAAGUGCAAACUGAUGGUGUUGGAGAGUGCCGAAUGUUCAGAUGAGCGUAAAUGGCUCGUUCGACGCCUGAUUGAAUUGCGUUUGCGCGUGCAAGAGUUGCGUGAGACUUCAGAUGAGAAUCUCUUUGAGACACGCGUAAUUCUCGGUCAUCACUUCGUGCCGCAGAAGUACUAUAUUACCACGUCUAGUCCGGUUUAUUGCGACCAUUGCAGCGGCGCGAUUUGGACGAUGCUGCAAUCGUGGUACAUGUGCAACGAUUGCAAAUUCAGUUGUCAUUGGAAAUGUCUGAACAAUGUGUGUCGUGUCUGCGUGCAUGUGGUUGCCAGUGAAGCUGGCGGAUAUACGCACACGAAGGAUAUCUGUCCAGAGCAAGGCCUUUCGAAGCAAGGCUACCGUUGCGCGGAAUGUAAAGUGCGAAUAACAUUCAAAUCCGCGUGGAUAGAGCCUCGACUUUGCGACUACAGCGGUUUAUAUUACUGUCAAAGAUGCCAUUGGAACACAGCCAUGGUCAUUCCCGCGAGGGUAAUCAGAAAUUGGGACAUGGAGCCGCGUCUGGUGUCUCGCGCCGCAGUGCAGCUUUUGAUGCUUUUGGAGGAUCGUUCCGUACUACCGCUAGAAGAAUUAAACCCGAAACUCUUUACCUUAGUUCCGGAUUUAUCACUUGUAAAGCGAAUGCGAGAGGAAAUGCAGAUGAUGAAGAAAUAUUUAGUUUUAUGCGUGGAAGCUUGCACUCAGGGAUUACCGUGGAAGAUUGGAUUGCGCACACAUAUGAUCGAAAAUUCAGGUAAUUAUUCCAUCAAGGAUCUCAUCGAUCUUCAAAGUGGCAUUCUCUUGGACGAGCUUCGUACUGCGUACGAUACGAUGCACGCGCAUAUUACGCAACAAUGCGAACUCUGCAAGGCAAGGGGACACUUAUGUGAAAUAUGUGGCAAUGAUGAGAUAAUCUAUCCAUGGGAUGCCAGCUCGGUUAUCUGUCAGCAAUGCUCGGCAGUGCAUCAUCGCGUUUGUUGGGCCAAGCGCAAUCAUUGCUGCCCACGGUGUGCACGUCUGCAAAAACGUCGCGCUCUACAGGGACAAACGAUGCAAGAUGGCGAAGACUGUGAUACGGACGACACCGCAAAAGAUUCUUAAAUAAAAAUGUCACAUAAACAUGUGAUAAAAUAUUAUUCGUACAGCGAUUUAUACUUUGUACCUGUUAUUUUUUUAAGCAGAUUAAAUCGAUUGCAACUUGUAAUUUUUAUAUAUAUCAUACACGCAA